AUGGGUGGUCAUUCACUUAUGAGUUGGCUGGCCAACUAUGAUGUUGUUGAAGAUCCAUUUUGCUUCACAAACCAAAUAGUUCCUCCUAUGGAUUAUUUGAGUGGAAUGAACGGGUAUGGUCCAUUUGAUUGGCAAUACGAACGGACGCUCCCACUAGUACAAGACUCUUUUCUUGAUGCUGUUCCUUUCAUGGAUCAAAGCUGUUUGAAUAUUGAUCCUCUUUACUCUUCCCUUGAUAUUCAACCAAUCCGAAGUGCGUUUCAAGGUGAUGAACUUGUUUUGGGAAAUGGAAAUUGGGUUUGUAAUGAUUUGUUCGGUGAAUUAAUAGAGCCUAGCAAUAAUCAACAAAAACAAAUACAGCAUCAACCUCCAUUGCUGAUGUGCAAGAAUGAAGAAAAUGGCAGUACUGAGAAUGAGUUGGAGGAGACGAAGGUGAUUAGUAAAAGGUCUCACCUUAGCACAAGGCUAAGAUCAUCAAACUCCACGUCGCUCAACUCAUCAAAAAUGUUGUCGAGGGAAACAAUAUCAAACUACUUCUACAUGCCUAUAACUCAGGCAGCCAAGGAACUCAAUGUAGGUUUAACCCUUUUGAAGAAAAGGUGUAGGGAGUUGGGGAUUCGCCGGUGGCCUCACCGGAAGCUGGCCAGCCUCCAAACCCUAAUCAGAAACAUUCAGGAUUUGGGAAAGGAGGGGGAGGAGAGUGAGGAGAAGCUUCGAAAUGCAAUAGAGUUGUUGGAGAGGGAGAGGAAGCUGCUGGAGGAAGUGCCCGACAUGCAAUUGGAGGAUAAUACCAAGCGAUUGAGGCAAGCUUGUUUUAAGGCUAAUUACAAGAAGAGAAAGAUCAUGGGGAUGAAUAAUUUGGAUCAAUCACAAUCCUCUUUCAUCUGCAGCAACAAUGAAAUUCAUGAAUAUGCAAGUAUUAUGGAUGAUGGUUAUGAGGAAGAUGAAGAAAUCAAGUCUCUUUUAUCUGACUCUUUUUCCUCAUCAAAUUCCAACAUAUGCCUGUUCUAG